AUGUCAAUAGCGUCCUCUGCCGAUUUCUCCCGUUCUCCAUCAGAAGAUGACGAUUUGCUUUUGCGGGAGCCACCUAGCCAUGAAAUCAUGACACGAGAAGCGGCCUUUCGAACCGACUUGCCGGCUCGGGAGACAGAGCUGGCGGCCUUGGAGGCUGCCUUGGAGGCCGCCUGGCUCAUCCGAGCACCGAAAGACGACAUGGGUGAGUUUGUCUUUGGCAGCCAUUUUUGCAAGGCUUUAAGCUUUCGCGUUGGCUUGGCUUUUGCUCCUGAACCUGCUCAGAGGGGGCAGUAUAGCGAAGAGGAGGUGGUACCUGGGCCAGAGGAGGGCCUAGGCCGCUUGUCGCAGGAGGAGGAGAGAAUGACGUGGCGAGAGCCGACUUGUUGGUCAUUCAAGAUUCGUAAUCACACCGGCCGAUCACACCGGCCGGGUAAACCCGCCCCGGGUUCCGGGACUCACCGGAUAUGCUCGGACACUGUCCCGGCACCCGGACCCGGAGCACCCGGACCCGGUGACCCGGCCGGGCUCCCCCGCACCCGUGCUCUACCCUAUGUUCCGCCUGGCGAACGAGCACAAGUAGCGAAAAAUUCUGCUACUGCUAAGCUUCAUGGACCAAAGCGGCGUCAUCGAUACCUGGUUUACCGCGUAUCGGAGAUGCCAUCCCAUUUGCGCCUUCGUGCGGCAUCAGAGCAACGCGCUAUCAAGAAACAACUCAACUAUCUGGAGAAGAAGUGUCAGCAGCUGCGGGCUGAGCACAAAUACUUGCGCAAGCUUGUGUCCUCGAUACCGAAAUCCCACAAGGAAUUGAUGUCAUCGAUAACCCCUCAUCUGACACCACGACUCAGACCAGACAAUUGCGCUGCAACGCUGGAGCUGUGGCUACUCGCUCAAGGGCUUUUAUUGCUCUUGUAUAUGGCUCAACUAUUCUACUGCCAACCACAUGGUCCAUGCCCCAAAUAUUACGACAGCAAGAAAGCGCACGAUAUUCACCAGCGAACGUGUUCAUCUUUCAAUGAUGUUGACGAGGGGCUGGAGGCGGCGCUGGCGCUUCGAAAGCGACAAAGGCUUGAGGAAGAGCAGGCUUCUGCACUGCUGGUAGCGGAGGACACCAUGCAGCAUCCUGUCAUUUCGCAGCCACCCAACUCUGUUGACCCACAGCUAGAUGUUGUGUCCAAUACCCCACUGCCGGCCCACUUGCACGAUCCACCAACAGACUCUUCUCAGUCAAACCUUGGGCGACCAGCACGAAAGAAGCGGUUGACGUGGAAGCUUCUGCAGCAGCUUCCUGAGCCGCCUGCCUCUCUUCCCGACAUUCCCGAAGAAGAUACAGAAAAUGUCGAUAAUAGCGCGCCGCCAAACAACUUUGGCCUGUUUCGCGAGUACCUGUCUAUUCCUUCCCACAACCCCGACACCGACAUCAUACUGUCUGACCUCUCUGACCUCCCUGCGCCUGUGCAACCAAACCGACAACCAGAUGGUGAGACACGUCUGUCUCCCCUCUCAACUCCGCCGGCAGCAGAUGCACUCGCAAGCGCCAAGAACAGUGGAUCUUAUGGGCCAUUCGGCAAUUACACGGUAUGGGGAUUUAUGAACUGGAUGUGGACGGGCUCGGGCUCGAAGAGUAUUGGUGAAGGUCUGAAGCUUCUUGACUACUUGAAGUCGCCGCUCUUCAAGCUCGCAGAUCUCAUGGACUUCGAUCUCAAAGCCCAAACGGAACAGUUUGACAGGCUGCUACGUGGAGUAACCAGUGAAGUCAAAGACGGCUGGCAAACUGCCAGCGUCGAUAUCCCCGUUCCCGACCAUCGCAAACGCAACGACAAUGACCCUUUGUUAUACUUCCCAGUCCCAGGUCUUCACUUCCGCGAUCUCACCGAGACCAUCAAGUCAACGUUGGAAUCUGCAACGGCCAAAGCAUUCCACUUUACCCCAUUCCGACAAUUUUGGCAGCCAGCAGACGGCAGUCCACCGCAUUGA